AUGGAUCUGAGCGGGGACGCCAGCGCCAAACGCAAGCGCAGCGCCAUCGCCGCCUCCGUCGAACGUCCAUCCAAACACCUCAAGCCCGAAAACUCGACCCUGACCCCUGGCGACUCGACUCCGGCCAACGGCACCGUCUACGAUGUUCAGGAUGAGGAGGAUGCCAGUCGCGUUCUAGCCAUUGGGCCGGCCCAGGCCGAUUCGCCCGAAUGGCAGGCGACCAUCGAGGAGGUCGUCAAGAGCGUGGUAUCGAUUCACUUCUGUCAGACCUGCUCCUUUGAUACGGAGCUGUCGAUGAGUAGUCAGGCCACGGGGUUCGUGGUCGAUGCUGAGAGAGGGUAUAUCCUGACCAAUCGUCAUGUGGUCUGUCCGGGGCCUUUCUGGGGGUAUUGUAUCUUUGAUAAUCAUGAGGAAUGCGACGUUCGUCCCGUCUAUCGGGAUCCUGUGCACGACUUCGGUCUGCUGAAAUUCGACCCCAAAGCCAUCAAAUACAUGAAAUUGACGGAGCUGAAACUGCAACCGGACGGCGCUCGCGUAGGUUCGGAGAUUCGCGUGGUGGGUAACGACGCCGGUGAAAAACUGAGUAUUCUCUCCGGUGUUAUCAGUCGACUGGACCGCAACGCCCCCGAAUACGGAGACGGCUACAGUGACUUUAACACGAACUAUAUCCAGGCCGCCGCCGCCGCUAGCGGUGGCAGUUCCGGCAGUCCGGUCGUCAACAUCGACGGCAACGCGAUUGCCCUGCAGGCUGGUGGCCGUGCGGACGGUGCUGCAACCGACUACUUCCUGCCGCUGGAUCGACCGCGGCGCGCGCUGGAAUGCAUCCGCCGCGGCGAGCCGGUCACGCGUGGCACCAUCCAGACCCAGUGGAUCCUGAAGCCGUUCGACGAGUGUCGCCGUCUGGGCCUGACCUCGGAGUGGGAGGCGGCCGUCCGCAAGGCGGCGCCGACGGAGACGAGCAUGCUGGUGGCCGAGAUCAUCCUGCCCGAGGGACCCGCCGACGGCAAGCUCGAGGAGGGCGACGUCCUGCUGCAGGUAAACGGGGAGCUGCUGACCCAGUUCAUCCGGUUGGACGACAUCCUGGAUACCAGCGUCGGGCAGUCGGUGCGUUUGCUGGUGCAGCGAGGCGGUCAGAAUGUGGAGCUCGAGUGCCAGGUUGGCGACCUGCAUGCGAUCACGCCCGACCGCUUCGUCACGGUGGCCGGCGGCACGUUCCACAACCUGUCCUACCAGCAAUCGCGACUCUACGCCAUCGCCACGCGCGGCGUGUACGUCUGCGAGGCCGCCGGCUCCUUCAAGCUGGAGAACACCCUGUCGGGAUGGCUGAUCGACUCCGUCGACAAGCGGCGCACGCGCAACCUGGACGAGUUCGUCGAGGUGAUGAAGACCAUCCCCGACCGCUCGCGCGUGGUCAUCUCCUACCGUCACAUCCGCGAUCUGCACACUCGCGGCACCAGCAUCGUGUACAUCGACCGCCACUGGCACCCGAAGAUGCGGCUGGCGGUGCGCAACGACGAGUCCGGUCUCUGGGACUUCUCCGAUCUGGCCGACCCCCUCCCCGCACUGCCCCCCGUGCCGCGCAAGGCCGACUUCAUCCAGCUCGACGGCGUGAGCCAACCGGCGGCCGCCGAGAUCGUGCGCAGCUUCGUGCGCGUGUCGUGCACGAUGCCCCUGAAGCUGGACGGGUACCCGCAGGCCAAGAAGACCGGCUUCGGGCUGGUCAUCGACGCCGACAAGGGCCUGGUGGUGGUGUCGCGUGCCAUCGUGCCCUACGACCUCUGCGACAUCAACAUCACCGUGGCCGACUCGAUCAUCGUCAACGCCAAGGUGGUCUUCCUGCACCCGCUGCAGAACUACUCCAUCGUGCAGUAUGACCCGAGCCUGGUGCAGGCGCCCAUCCAGAGCGCUAAGCUGAGCACGGAGUACAUCAAGCAGGGGCAGGACACCAUCUUCGUCGGAUUCAACCAGAACUUCCGCAUCGUCGUGGCCAAGACGGCCGUCACCGAUAUCACCACCGUCUCGAUCCCCGCCAACGCCUCGGCGCCGCGAUACCGCGCCAUCAACCUGGACGCCAUCACGGUCGACACGGGUCUCAGCGGGCAGUGCUCCAACGGCGUCUUGAUCGGCGAAGACGGCGUCGUGCAGGCGCUCUGGCUGAACUACCUCGGCGAGCGCACGCCCACGUCGCACAAGGAUGUGGAAUAUCAUCUGGGCUUCGCGACGCCGUCGCUGCUGCCGGUGACCUCGAAGAUCCAGCAGGGCGAGAUGCCGAAGCUGCGCAUCCUAAACAUGGAAAGCUACGUGGUGCAGAUGAGCCAGGCGCGCAUCAUGGGCGUGUCGGAGGAGUGGAUCCAGAAGGUGACGCAGGCCAACCCGUCGCGGCAUCAGCUCUUCAUGGUGCGCAAGGUCGACUGUCCGCCAGCCGGGUUCGCCUCGGCGUCCACCGAUUCCUUCCAGGAGGGCGAUGUCAUUCUCACCCUGGACGGCAAGCUGAUCACGCGCGUGUCGGAACUGGACAUCAUGUAUGACAAGGAGGUGCUGGAGGCUCUGAUCGUGCGCAACGGUCAGGAGAUGCUCAUCCAUGUGCCGACGGUGCCCACCGAGGAUCUGGAAACGGAUCGCGCGGUGGUCUUCUGCGGUGCCGUGCUGCAGAAGCCGCAUCACGCCGUGCGACAGCAGAUUUCCAAACUGCACAGCGAGGUCUACGUGAGCGCCCGGAGUCGUGGCUCUCCUUCUUACCAAUACGGCCUCUCGCCGACCAACUUCAUCACCGCCGUCAACGGCGUUCCCACGCCCAACCUCGAUCGCUUCGUCAAAGAGGUCCAAAAGAUCCCGGAUAACACGUACUUCCGCCUACGCGCCGUCACCUUUGACAACGUGCCGUGGGUGGUGACCAUGAAGAAGAACGAUCAUUACUUCCCCAUGUCCCAAUACAUCAAAGACCCGUCGCACCCCGCCGGCUGGCGCACCGUUUCUCACGCCCAAGACAAAUAUAAAGAUGGAAUCGAACCCGACGUGGCGAAUCUGAACCCGGACGCUAUGGACCAGGGCUUCGACGAGAUUAGCGAUAUAGAACCCGACACGGAGUGA